UUUUGUGUAGUUAAGUCGGAAUAUUUCGUAUAAUUCUCGUCGACUGUCGUGUGACAUUUGUUCUUCAAACAUAAAUAUAAAUAUAAAUACAAAAUAUUCAAACAAACCAAAAAAAAAAAAUAAAAUUAUAAUUAACAUAAAUAACUAAAUAUAAUUAAACCAAAAACAAAAAAAAAUUCGCUUAAAUAUUUCCAAAAAAAAAUUAUAUAUAUAGAAAUAUAUAUAUAUGUAUAUUUAUCAAAUCAAUUUAAUCAAAUUCGCAAACCACCCAAAACAAAAACAAAACAUAAGUUUAUAAAAUUCGUUUUAAACAAAAAUCAACACAAACCAAAAUACUUAAAAGUUUAUUAUUGUUAUAAAAAUAAAACGUAACCAUAAUAAAAACGCGUGUGUGUUUAAAUACUGGAAAGCACAGAUAAGAUAAAACAAAUUAUAUAUACAACAACAACAACAACACACCAGCCACAACACAAAUUGCAAGUCGCAAAACAAAAGUAAAAAUUAUAUACAUUGAUAAAAAGCAAAUCAAUACAAAACAAAAAGAAAUAUAAAAGAAAUUCUGUAUCCAACUGAGAAGAGCAACUCAAGUGCAAACAACAAAAGAAAAACCCAAAACCAAAUCAAAAAGCCAAAAGUGUUGAAAAUAAAUUGAAAGCUGAAAAAACAAUUGCAUAAAAAGAAAGAAAAGAAAAACUUGAGGAAAAGCUAAAAUCAAAAAGCAAACAAAUAUAAUAAGCAAACGCAAAAAAAACAAGGCGAUAUCAGAAAUUGUUAUUUUCUCGCAAAGGCGCAACGUUCAAGAGCAAAUCGUUCCAUAUGGUUCAUAUUAUUGAAUUGGUCGGCCAGCCGAAGGUUGAGUUUGCUCAACAAGUUACUGUAAGUUGCCAUCAUCCAUUAAUACCACCAGCCAUCAAAUUAAUGAACCGUGCUUUACAGCUGAAGCCAGCUGAAAAUGAAAGUCGCAGCGAGCAUUUAGAUCGCAAGCUGUUCGUUGGCAUGCUCAGCAAACAACAAACUGAAGAUGAUGUUAGACAAAUUUUUCAUCCAUUUGGCACUAUAGAGGAGUGCACCAUAUUGCGGGGUCCGGACGGUGCCAGUAAAGGCUGCGCUUUCGUUAAAUUUGGUUCGCAACAGGAGGCUCAGUCAGCAAUAACCAAUUUACACGGAAGUCAAACUAUGCCGGGUGCAUCCUCCAGCCUGGUUGUCAAAUACGCCGACACGGAGAAAGAGCGACAAAUAAGACGCAUGCAGCAAAUGGCCGGUCAUAUGAACCUAUUGAAUCCUUUUGUCUUUAAUCAAUUUGGACCGUACGGUGCUUACGCGCAGCAACAACAGCAAGCGGCUCUGAUGGCCGCCGCGGCCACAGCUCCUGGCUCGGCAGCCGCAUACAUGAAUCCAAUGGCCGCAUUGGCAACGCAAAUACCUCAUGGCCUCAAUGGCACCGGCCAGCCACCGUCGCUGCCAUCGCCGACGAUGCCCAACUUCAACAUGGGCGCCAAUACGCCCAAUGGUCAGCCAGGUGGCGCAGCAGCAGCCGCUGCAGCUGCUUCAGUUGCGGAUGGUGUCUUCACGAAUGGCAUUCCACAAACGGCAUUCCCACAUCCGCUGCAUCUGACCAUACCACCACAAGGUUUGCCAAAUGGCGAUGCUGCUGCACUGCAACAUGCCUUCCCUGGUUUGCCACCAUUUCCAGGAGUUGCCUUUCCCGCCGUCUAUGGACAGUUUCCACAAGCUUUACCACCUCCCCUAGCGGCGGUUGCACCCACUCAGCGUGAAGAUUUUCUGAUGUUCCCAGGAUGUUCUAUAUCUGGCCCGGAGGGCUGCAAUCUAUUCAUCUAUCAUUUGCCACAAGAAUUUGGUGAUGCAGAAUUAAUGCAAAUGUUCCUGCCAUUUGGCAAUGUGAUCAGCUCUAAGGUCUUCAUCGAUCGUGCUACAAAUCAGAGCAAAUGUUUCGGUUUUGUGUCAUUUGAUAACCCCACCAGCGCUCAAGCCGCCAUUCAGGCCAUGAAUGGCUUCCAGAUUGGCAUGAAAAGACUGAAAGUUCAAUUGAAGCGGCCAAAGGAUGCCAAUCGACCUUAUUAACAAUCGGAGUUCCUCAAGCGUAACUUACUUCAACAACAACAACAACAACAACAACAACAAGAACAACAACAACAACAACAACUACAACAUCAGCAACAAUAUAAUGCGACAACAACUACAGCGGCAACAGUAGGAGCAGCAAGAGACGCCACAGCAACAACUACAACAAAUAAUUUUAGCAACAGUUUUAGGCCACAAUUAACAAAUGAUCGCAAUGCAAAUCCCAAUACAAUGCCCUAUACUUUUGCCAGUUGGCGAAGCGGUACCUAUUGUUAUCGCUACAGCGCCAACAACACCAGCAACAGCAACUGUAACAGCAACUGUAACAGCAACAACAAUAAUAGCAACAGCAUCAAUAGCAACACUAACAUCAACAGCAACCACCACAACAUCGACAACCACAACAGCAACCAUAUGAACAACAGCAACCACAGUGGCAGUGACAACAACAAUUCGAAUCGCUUUUCCAAAGUUGAGCUGGUCGAAAAGCUGUUCUUGUGGCAACAACAAAAGCGAAAAGCUUAGCAACAACAUUGUCAAGCAACGCCACGAAUCAACUUUUCUAAAGGAUGUACUUCAGCGCAGUUAAAAUGAAACUAAGCCCCAGCAUUAAAAAAAAUACACACAUAUUCAUACAUAUGGAUGCAAAAAAAAAACACUAAAAAAUGGUAAACAAAAAAUGUAUAAUACAAAAAAAAAAAAAAAAAAAAAAAAAAAUGAAAUACUUUAGAGCUGAAAUUUAAAUAGAUUUAUAUAUAUAUAUACAAAACAGCAGAACAUACAUGCAACUAUAUAUAGUAUAUAUAUAUACAGGCAGCUGAGAACAGUACUUAAAUAUUAGAAAUGAGAUGAACAAAAAAAAUGAAAAAUGUUGAAAAACAAAAACCAAAAAAAAAUUUUUGCCAAAUAACGAUUAUAUAUGUAUAUGAAUAUAUAUAUUAAUAUAUAUAUUUAUAGAGCAAGCAACAAACAUUGAUAUUGAUAGUUUUGUUAACAACAAAAAAGAGCAAACAACAACAUAUGCACACACACAUACAAAUAUACAUCCAUACACACACUCAUACACAUACACAAUCACAAACUUGAGACAAAAACUGACUGGUAAGAGACCAAAAUUAUCUGGGUUUUCAAUAAAAACAAAAAAGUGGAAUAAUAAAUUAAAAUUAAAAACUUAAAAAAAAGGCAGUAACCAUUUUUUAUACGAUAUAUAAAAAUUGGUCACGGGAAUUUAUUAAAAUUAAAAACGAAAAAAGAAUAAUUAAAUGAAUAGUGAAAAUAGAGAAGAAAAAAAAAAUCACACGCUGCUAGGAAAAAUAAAAAUUAAAAUUAAAAAAAAAAUGAAAUGAAAUACACGACACAAGGGAGAAUGACGGAAAAUUAGAAGAAAAACUAUCAAAACUGAAUCUGUUAAUUGGAUGAAAUGACAAACAAAAAAAACUAUGCAUAUGAGUUGGUGGUUAGAAAGGAGUUAAUGAUAGAGAGUAGAUCGAUGAUAAUGACGAUGACAAAGAUGAUGAUGAUAUGUAGCUCUGCAACUUUUUAGCAUUUAGAACUAAGCAAAAUGGCAAAGGAUUAUAUAUAUAUACAUACAUAAACAUAUAUAUAUAUAUGUACAUUAUAUACAUAUAUAUAUAUAGAUAUAUAUAUAUAAAUAAAUAUAUAAAAUAUAAAAAUUAACACAAAAAUUCGAAUUUAAUUAAUUUUAAGGAGAUUAAUGAAAAAUAAAUUUAGCACUAGGUGAAAGCAGCAAGCAAAUUAAUAUGCGAUAUGCUUUGAGAAGUAUCCUUAAGUCAAAAUUAAAGAACCACACAAGGUUUUUGCGUAGCCUGCAACAAACAAGCGAAAAUAUCAUUUUUUUACAAUAUGUAAAAGAAAGAAAAGAAAUAUAUAAUUAUUUAAAUAUAAUAAUGAAUUUGUUAGAACUAAAAAUUGAACAAAUACAAAACAAACUAAAAAUCGAAGAAAAAAGAUGAUAAGAAACGAGCAAAUUGAAUACUGUUAUUUUGAUUUGCCCCUAGACAACUAAUUUUCAAUUUCCGAAAUGAAUGAAAAAAGAAAUUCAGUUUGGCAAAAGCACGGUUUUGAUUUUUGUUUUAAAACUAACGAACAAACAAACAAAAAAAAAUCGUAAACGAUUUUAUAGCAUUAAAAAUAAUUAAAGUAAAAAAAAAAUCAAACAAACUUUACACUUAAACUUAGCUGCUUGCAACAAAAACAAAUACAGGUACUUACAAAUAUACAUACAUAUACAUAUAUAUAUAUAUAUAUAUAUAGUAUAUAUAUAUCUAUAUAUAAUUAUAAAACUGAAAACAAAAAGAUAUAUGAUAUAUAUAUGUAUAUUAUAUAUGUACAUAUAUGAGCAAAGGUAUAAGCUACAAAUGGAAAUUUUGCUAAGAAAGUAUGUAUACAUAUAUCUAUAUAUAGUAUAUAUAUACAUAUGACAGACAAUUGAACAUUUUGGCCACUUGAUUUCACAAGCUCCUCCAAUACAAAACACCCCGAUAAGAAAGCCACAAACUUUCUAUCCAAAUAAUGAUAAAGUUGACCAUAGCGCGCCCUCGCCCAAACAAAGCAAACAACAAACAACAGUAACAAGAACAACAAAAUUUACACAUAUUAUUAUUAAAAAAAAAAAGAAAUUAACAAAUAACAUGCAUAUGGCAUAAAUUAUUAUUAUUAUUGAUGAUAUAUACAUACAUAUAUAAACUAAAUUUAGCAUUUUUUAUAUAAAGGCAAAAACAAUUUUUAGCAAAACUAGAAAAUUCAACACUGACAUUUUAUAUGAAUAUUUAAACAUUUUUUGCCUUUUAUUUAACACUCACACACAUACACUCAUACUCAAUCACACACCCACAUAGCAAGCAAAUCUAACUUAAAAUGUCACAUAUUAAAAGAAAAGAAAAAAACAGAAAGCAAAAAAUUAAAACCGUAAUCCAACAAUUUUAGUCAACUGAAAUCUGUUGAUUCAAAUCCUUAAACAAUUUGACUUUGUCUUUAAAAAAUAAAGGAAAAGGAGGAAUUAAAAAAAAUAUAUAUAUAUAUAUAUCUAUAUAUAUCUGUACAAAAUGAAGUGGAAGAUUGUCAAAUCUACAGCUAAAUAUGCCAAAAAUGAACAUAAGAGAAGAUGAAGAAAGAUAAAAAAUUAAAAUGUAACAAUUAUUUAGAAUUUGUAUAGAGAAAAAAACGAGAAGAGAACUACGUUUAGAGCCUAGUUUGUGGGUUCAGAAACAGAACUUGCGACACAUAUUUGAUACUAAUGAUAAAAACAAUUAAUUAUUAAAUAAUAAAUAUAUAUGAGUAUAUAUAUAUAUAUUAAAUAUAAAAUAUAUAAGAAUAUUUAAGCAUUAAACAAAUUGUUAUCAAAGUUAAAGUUAGUUUUGUUACCAGUGCAAUAUAUACUUUUGUGCAAAUACUUAACUUAUUUAUGAGUUCCCCCCAAACACACUACUUAACAAUAGUUUCAAAUCAUAUGUCACUUUCCUUGAAUUAAAUGAAUGAAAAUCCCAAUCAAAAAUGAACAUUACCAGUUAGCCAGUACGUUAUGGGACAGUAUUAAAUACCUUACAGUUUUUUGGCCAAGUAUAAAUCCGAUUAGAUUGAGAUAUGUGUUUACUCAUGACGACGCUAUGUGGCCUAGCUUCUAGCUAACGUACUCUCGAAUAUAAGUAAAAACCUAAAAAAAAAAAACUACAAAAGAUUCUUCAGUUUCAAUUCACUUCAAUUCAUUUUGUUUUAUCAAAUGUUAAGCGUAAUAUCUUGUAAAUAUUAUAAACGAAUCCCCCAAUACAAAAUGCAAGGAAUAAAGAAACACAGAAACAAACCAAAAUGCAUUAUAUACACACAAAAAUUACUAACAUAUAACUAUAUACAUACAUAAAUACAUAUACAUACGAGUACAUUUACAUACAUACAUAUAUAAAAAUAUAUAUGCAAAAUUAUCAAUUGAUUUUAGCGAUUAUUCCGUAGUUAAAAAACCAAAAAGCAAGUUAAAUAACUACAAAGCCCCAAUUUUGACAGCUUCUAAAAAUGCUAAUCUAGAUUUUUACUAGAGCAAUACACGAAAUACACCCACACCCACACCCACACCCAAAAUCCACACGUAAAACAUACACCCAUACACAUAUACUCUCACUAUAUGUAUUUACGAUCUUGUAUGAAUCGAUCUAGUCAAAUUCAAGUUAAUUAUUGCAUAAAACAAACUUUAAACAAAGUCAAACUAUUGAGAUAAUAAUAAAUUAUUAUUAUUAUUAUAAUUAUUAUUAUUAAUUAUGAUUUUUUGUAUUGAAAAUACGAACAAGUAUUUAAACUAAAUAUAUGAAAACAAAUUAUUAUUAUUAUCAUUAUUAUUCUAUGCUAUUAUACAAAACGUUUUAGACUAUAUAUACACAACAUUUAAAUAAAAUACAAAACAAAACAAAAAACUAAAAUUAAAAACUUAGUGCAAAAAACUGAUUUUGGCAAAAUUAUGCAAAUUAUAUAUCCAAACAAAAAAAAAACAAAAUAAUAUAAAAUAAAAAUUAAAACAAAUACAACAAAUAUACAGAAACUUAAAUUAUCAAUACAUAUUAUUAUUUCUAAUGCGUAACAAUAAUAAACUAAACCGAUGAUGAAAUAAAAGCGAUCAACAAAUUGACAAAUACAAAAUACCAACAAAAACCAAAACUUGUUUUAUUUUCCUUAAUUAUUUUUCAAGUGUGAAGAUGUGGCUUAUGAAUUGGCAGAGCUUUGAAUAACCAAACGGACCUACAGACCUAACUACGGACUGAGAAUUUGGCACAUUAUAUACACCCAUAUCAUUUUCAUGUCCAAAUUUAUUAUAAUUUCUCUCAUUGAUUGAUUGAAAACAAAAAACACAUACAAAAGGGCUGUGACUUGAACGUUAAAAAUAAAAAAAACAACUGUGUAACUAAAAUCAAAUAAAAUUCUUUUUCUUUGCUUUUAAUAUUUCUUAAAUUAUGUUCCGUAAAUCAACAAAGAAAAACAAAAACUAAAUUAAAUAUAAAUUUAAACAUUUUGUUUUCGAAUGCGGUGAUAACUAGCAACCAAGAAGCCAAAUCAAAAUUAAUGCAUACAAGAUACAUAACAUAAUAAAUAAAUAAUCAAUAAAAAAAAAAUUAUGAAAUAAUUAAUGCUAACAUUGAGCGGUUAUUUUAAAUUCGAAAUGAAAUGUGAUGCAAAACGUUAAACAAACAAAAAAGAAAAAAAAAACAUAUGUCGAAUUGAAAUUAUUAAAAAUAAAUAAAACAAAAUAAAAUAAAGAAAAAACGACAAUUGUACCUUGAGCAUAAAGCGUUAAAAUUGGAACUAAUGAAAGGCACAACCUAUAUAAAAGAUUCGCCAGGUUUCGCCCCAAUUCGAUAAAAUGUUGGCAAAUGGCAACUCCACGAAUAUUUCAAAUUGGCACUUGCAUUUGCAAAUUUUGCCAAAAUACAGUUUACUGCUCAAAUGAUUUUCAUUUUUAUAAAACAAUUAAAAGAUCUUCAGCGCGUUCUCACACAUAAAUAAACAACAAAUACAAAGCACAUCAUAUCAGAAAAUGAAAAAACAUACAACGCGUAUAUCGUAGAAAUUAAACGAACAAUUUUUUUCAGAUGAAAGAAUUCACAUUCUAGUGAUCUAUUGGACGCCCCUCCAAAAAAAAAAAAAAUGUUAGUCGUAGAGUCGAUUAAUCGAAUAUAUGAAAUGAAAAAUGGGAGUUAGAAAUGCACUACUUCUUUCUAAAAAAAAAAACAGACAAAACACAACAUAAGAAGAAAAGAAAAUUCUUUCAUAUCGCAUAAUUAGCUUUGAUUUGCAUAGAUUAGUUUAAUUUGCAGUCUAAAACUUAACUGAAAGAUAUGAAAUAAAUCUUAAGAUUAAGCAUUGUAUAUUUACUAAAAGAAAAUGAAGUCUCUUAUCGAUGAUCGUUCCUUAAACUUAAAUCAUAAGAUUUACAUGAAUAUACUUACUUAUAGUGGCUCCGCUAUGAUACAUACAUUUAGUCCUAUAUAUAAAGUAUUUUUAUUAUGAGGACAUUCUUAUAGAAUGUCUAUAUAUAAUUUAUAGAUGAUAACUACAAAAUCAACUAACUAACUUAUUAAUUAAUUAAUUACUCUAUGCUAGUUAUCGACAAGGCUAGACAAAGUAGUGAAUGAAGCUUACGAAACACUAAACACAAAAACAACCAAGAACAACAAGAACAACAACAAGAACAACAACCAAAAAAAACACAUGAGUCCAAGUUUAGAACUUAAUAAUCAAAAAUAUAUUUAGAUACACUUUUCUGCAGGUAUUUAACUCAACAAAAACAAAAUGAACGUUAUACUUAAACAAAAUUACAGUACGAUAAUUGAUAAACGAUAAACGGUAACGAUUAACGAUAGAUCUAGAGCAAGGCACAUUAAAUGACCCCACCAUAACCAUGGACUACUAAAUUUCAUACACUAGUUUUUUAUACACAACAAACCAACAACCAACUAUCAACAAACAAACAAACAAAAAAACAACCAACAACCAAACAACAAACCAGAAUAAAACAAACAACACAUUUAGAUACACACACAGUUAAAUGGGCCCAAUUAGACGGGGGACUUAAUAGCCCUACGAAUUGAGGGAGGGGUGCAUAUCUUUUUUGCUAGGCCUAGAACAUUUUGCCUUGAUAGCAUUUGGGUUUAUUUUAAUCUAAACACGAAUAACUUAUAGGAUACAGGGUAAAACAUGCAAUUAAUAAUAAUUAUAAUAAUAAUAAUAAUAAUAAUAAUAAUACUAAUCAUAUAAACAUAAAACAAAUAAUAAUUGUAGUAUACUUAUUACAAUAAUACAUACUUUUUAUUUGGGUUCCAAACUACUAGUUUCCUUAAGCUUUUGCACUAAAUUUUUGAUUUUCGAUUUGGUAGCUUGACAAAAAAAUUCUUGAAAGCUUUGCAUAAAAUUAGAAAUUUGCUUGAAUAGUUCUCUAGAGCAACAACAAAAAAAUGGGCAUAGUUGGGACAGGAGUGCAGUAGUAGGAAAGUAUACAUAUAUAUACAUUUAUAUAUAUAUACAUACUUAUAUACAUAUGUAAGUGUAUAGGAACAGAACAACAACAACAACCAGCAACAAUAAUUGGCGGCGCUUGUAAGAAAGCUCAGAAAGUGCAUUUAAACAAAAAAAAAUAUGAAAUAAAAAUUUUUAAAAACAACAAAUAAAUAUAAAUCGAAAAUGGAAAUCUAGUCAUAUUUAUAUAGGCGAUGAAUUAUAUAUUAUACUAUUAUUAUGACAAUUAUUAUUAUUAACAUAAAUGCAAGAAUAAUGCAAAAGAUUUAUUAGCGAACUAAGGUCAACAUGCAUUAUAAACCAAUUUUGCAAUUAUACAAAAUAAAAUGCAAAGAAAUUCAACUGAAUUGAAUUGAAUUGAAGUGAACAUGAAAUGAAUUGAAACGAAAUGAAAUGAAUAUGAAUAUGAAAAUGAAAGGCCCCAAGUUAUUUUUUGUAGAUAAAAAUGUUAUCUUUUAGAACUUAGCCAAAUAUUAGACACUGAUCACAGUUGCAAAAUGAUACAGUUUGAGAGCAGGCUAAGUGUAAAAAAAAAAAAAACAAAAAACGAAAAAAAAAACAAAAGAUCAAAGCGAAUUUAUAUUGUAAAUAGGUAAACACAAAGCCUAAAACUACUUGCCUACGAGGGUUUAAUAAUUACAAAUUAUUAAUUAUUUAAUAAUAGUUGCUAGUUUAGUAUAUAGCAAACACAAACACACUCACACACACAUCGAUACAUUUGCAGGCCAACCUUUGAGAGUUGUUCCAAUUACGUUCAAUGAUUAUGUAGAUCCCGAAUACAAUACAGCUUUUUCUGGUACACACACGCUUUACUUUCUGUUUAGAAAUCCGUCCGUACUUAGCACUAGCACACACACUCACACACACACACGCAUACAGUUAUAACCCUAAUACACGUAUAAGCAAAUGUAAUAACUUGAAUAUUGAAUAACAAUUCUGCAUACUGCGUUACAAAAGCCGAUUAUUGGUCACUCCGAUUCUUACAGUUCAAAAUUGCAUCGGCUUUAAUUCUUAUUUGCAUUGAAGUUAUCCCUAGUCACACGUACAUACAUACGAUACACAGAUAGUUACACUCACACUAUUGAUAUUGAUAUUGAUAUUGAUAUUGAAACAGCAAAUAAGGUAUUAUUUGAGAUUUUUGAAGAGCACCUUUAAUGAAAACAAUAAGAAAUUUAGCAGCAAAUGAAAAGCCUAAUGCCAUAUAAACAUAAGUGAACAACAAACAAAAAAAAAAACCCAAAAAACUUGCACAUAGAAUUUGUAGCAUAAAUGUAAAGCAAAAUGAAAUACUUUCAGAAAAUUCAUUCCCUUUUAAAGUCUGCUGUUGAAAAUAAAAAUACAAAAUGAAAAUAAACAAAAUACUAAACACAAUUUAUAUUGAUUCGGAAAGAUUUUCAAGCAACUUUUUAACAAAAAAUAAAAGAAACAUUAUAAUCAACUCAACAACAAAAAAUUAAAUAUUAAAUGUAAAAUGGUUUCAAAAUCAAGAAAGAAAAUGAAUAAGUAAACACAAAUAAAAUAUAAACAAAACGUGUAGUAAAGAAAGUUAAAAACAAUUUCAUAAACAUCUGCAUCAAUGAUCAAAUUAUUGUUUCACUAUUUGAUGCAAGUUUUCGCAUUUUUGCAUUUUUAAAAUUAAAAUCAACAAUUUUCAUAAUGUUUCUCAGCACUCUUCAAUAUUAUUCCCUAACUGACAGCAUGUUUGGCGUUUCAUUUAUUUCGAUAAUAAAUUAACUAUGUUUACACAAUUGAAAUUCACCAAACCGGAAUCAGAAUUCAAUCCGAAUACUCGUACUUAUUAUUAUUGACAGACUCACAGACCUUGACAAACACAUUGAACAUGCACACAUGCACACACACAUUCUCACAAAACGAGUAAAUACUUAAUUAUAUAUUACAAAAUUUAUAUUUAUACAUACAUUAUACAUGAUAUACAUACAUACAUUUAAAGUGCAGAAGUAAACUAAUAGGCAAUGUAGUUGGAAAUGGAAAUACAUAGAGAAACGAUACAUAAGCAGAAAGAUUAAGGAAGAGGCAGACAUUAAAUAAACUAAUUUAAAAUAGCAAAGAAAUGGUCUUUAUAUUAACUAUAUAUAUAUAUACUAUAUACUAUACAUAUGUGUAUAUUGAAUACAAUUUAUAAAUAAUAACAAACUCAAUGGCGAAGUGUGUAAAAUUUGUGCAUUCGUUCAUGAAAACAAAAGGAUGAAAGUAAACACCGAAAAACAUUAAAAAUAUAUCUAUUAUAUAUAUAUAUAUACAUACAUAUAUAUAUAUUCAAUUUAAUUUUUCGCUCAACACUGCGAAAAAUUGUUGAAGUCACACAUUUAAAGCUAUCAAAGAAACUAUUAAUUAAUAUUGAGAAGAAACGGAAGAAACGCAAACAAAAAACAAAAGCAAAAACCAAAACAAAUAACACAAAACUAUGCAAGAAAAAUAUUUUAAUACUUAACAGGCGUAAUGAUGCAUUAACAAGUCUAGUUUAAACAUUAUUUAUAUGCCAUACAAGAACAUACAUAAAUAAACCUAACAUAUAUUUAUAAGUAUACAUACUACACUACAACUCCAAAUACAAAUACAAUACAAAUACAAAUACAAAUACAAUACCAAAUUACAAUAACAUGAUUAUAAAAUGAUUAGAGCCAGAGCAACAACUAAUUACAUGCAUUAUUAUACGAGUACAUACGACAUACGAGUAAAUGAGUAAACAUUAUUUGCGCCUUUUCUCAACUUGUUUUUGUUGGUUUUUUAUUUACAUAAUUCAUCUGUUUGAUAAAGAACGAGAAACGACAGCAGUUAGGCCAAAAUGCGCAGUAUAAGCUAACAAAAGCUAACAAUAAUAUAAAAAGAGAACAACAAAAUAAAUAAAUAUAUAUAUACUAAAUAUAAUAUGAAUAUCAAGCAAAGUUUAGGCUAAAUUUUGCCAGUUUUCAAAAGGGCAAACAUGUAAAUUUUGUUUCGUUUGCCAAACUAGGCGUCGUGUAUGGGCGACAUAUGGAAAAUAAUAUGAUAAACGUGGAGCAGAACAUUGAAAAAUAAAAUGGGAGGAUGGAGAAGAAUAUGAAGCUAGAGCAAAAGUAAACCAAGUUAUAAUUACAACAAUUAAAUUAUUAUUAAUAAAUAAUUAUUAUACAUGACAACUUAUGCAAAUGUAAUAAGUGAACAAAAAAAACACAAAAUAAA